CGGGCGACGAUGAGGAUGAUGAAUACAUUGCAAAGUUUUUUUGGCCCCGGCGAGGGGUGUCAGAUUGAGUGCUGUGUGCGCAUGUGCGAAGGUGUCCAAACUGACAAUGCUGGGGAGAUGAAGAUAGUGUGCGGCUGCUUCUGGACUCCGGGAGGAGGAGAGAGAUUCCGCCAGCCGACACCAUGCGCUCCAAGGCGAGGGCGCGGAAGCUCGCCAAAAGUGACGGUGACAUUGUGAAUAACAUGUAUGAGCCCGACCCAGACCUGCUGGCUGCAGAGAGCGCCGAGGACGAGACGGAGGACAGCAUCAUGUCCCCCAUCCCCAUGGGGCCACCGUCCCCCUUCCCCCCAAGCGAGGACUACACCCCUAAGGAGGGCUCACCCUAUGAGGCCCCUGUCUACAUCCCUGAGGACAUCCCUGUGCCCCCUGACUUCGAGCUGCGUGAGUCCUCCAUUCCGGGUGCUGGCCUGGGCAUCUGGGCCAAGAAGAAAAUGGAGGUCGGAGAGCGCCUUGGUCCUUUCAUUCUUGGGUCACGUGCCACCGCACUCAAGGAGGCCAACUUCAGCUGGGAGCCAGUGCUGACCAAUGUGGAUGUGUCCUCACAAGAGAGCUGCAUCAAAAAGCAGAUCUCUGAGGACCUGAGCAGUGAGAAGUUCUGUGUGGAUGCUAGCCCAGCCGGGGCAGGCAGCUGGCUCAAGUACAUCCGGGUGGCCUGUUCCUGUGAUGAUCAGAACCUCAGCAUGUGUCAGAUCAACGAACAGAUUUAUUAUAAAGUCAUCAAGGACAUCGAGCCAGGGGAGGAGCUGCUGGUGCACGUGAAGGAAACUGCCUUCACCCUCGGGACUGUGCCCUCCAAUCUGGAUGAGGAACCAACGUUUCGCUGUGAGUCCUGUGAUGAGCUCUUCCAGUCCAAGCUGGACCUGCGGCGCCACAGGAAGUAUGCAUGCAGUGCAGUGGGGACGGCACUGUAUGAGGGCCUGAGCCAGGAGCUGCCCACUGAAGGGCUGGGCAGCACGGGCAGUGACGGCCAGGCCCAUGAGUGCAAGGACUGUGAGCGGAUGUUCCCCACCAAAUACAGUUUGGAACAACACAUGAUUGUCCACACGGAGGAACGGGAAUACAAGUGUGACCAGUGCCCCAAGGCCUUCAACUGGAAGUCCAACCUCAUCCGCCACCAGAUGUCCCAUGACAGUGGCAAGCGCUUCGAAUGUGAAAAUUGUGUGAAGGUGUUCACUGACCCCAGCAACCUGCAGCGGCAUAUCCGGUCCCAGCACGUAGGUGCCCGAGCCCACGCCUGUCCUGACUGCGGUAAGACCUUCGCCACCUCCUCCGGCCUCAAGCAGCACAAGCACAUCCACAGCACCGUCAAACCUUUCAUAUGUGAGGUCUGCCACAAGUCCUACACGCAGUUCUCCAACCUGUGCCGGCACAAGCGCAUGCACGCCGACUGCCGCACACAGAUCAAGUGCAAGGAUUGCGGGCAGAUGUUCAGCACUACCUCCUCCCUCAACAAGCACCGGCGCUUCUGCGAGGGCAAGAACCAUUAUCCGCCUGGUGGCCUCUUUGCACCUGGCCUGACCCUUACCCCAAACCCCAUAAUGGACAAGGCCAAGGCCUCCCCCGCCCUCAACCACAGUGGCCUGAGCUUUGGGGAAUACUUCCCCUCCAGACCACACCCUGGCAGCCUGCCCUUCUCCACUGCAGCCCCAGCCUUCCCUGCACUCACGCCUGGCUUCCCUGGCAUCUUCCCCCCAUCCCUAUACCCUCGGCCACCUAUGCUACCUCCCACACCACUACUCAAGAGCCCCCUCAACCACACACAGGAUGCCAAGCUGCCCAGUCCACUGGGGCACCCGGCCCUUCCCCUGGUGUCUGCUGUGGGCAGCAGUGGUCCAGGCAGCACUGCAACAGCUGUGGGCCCUGACGAAAAGCUGGAGAGCCACCUGGGGGACCCCUAUGCUACCGAGAAACUCAAAGCUCGGAGCAGUGAUCUGUCAGAUGGCAGCGACUUCGAGGACCUCAACACCACAACAGGCACUGACCUGGAUACCACCACAGGCACAGGCUCAGAGCUGGACAGUGAUGGGGACAGUGACCGAGACAAGGACAAGGCCAAGGCCCAGGCGGCAGAGGGCCAGGCUGAGAGUGGAGGUAGCACGGUCACCCCAGGGGCCUCAGGUGGCAUGGCCGACCUGCCUGUCUUCUAUGCCCAGCAUUCCUUCUUUCCACCUCCUGAGGAGCAGCUGCUGACAGCUGCAGGUGCUGCAGGUGACUCCAUCAAGGCCAUUGCCUCCAUUGCUGAGAAGUACUUUGGGCCUGGCUUCAUGGGCAUACAGGAGAAGAAGCUGGGUGCGCUGCCCUGUCAUCCAGCCUUCCCUUUCCAGCUCCUGCCCAGCUUCCCCCACUCCCUCUGCCCCCUCGCCGACCGCGCCCUUGCCCAUAGUCUGCUGGUCAAGGCUGAGCCAAAGUCACCUCGGGACACCCUCCAGGCAGGAGGCCCCAGCACUGAGUCACCCUUCGACCUCACCACCAAGCCCAAAGAGGGGAAGCCCGGCCUGCCUGCCCCCAAGCCACCAGCCACCCCGGCAUCUGGUGAGGAGCAGCCCCUGGACUUGAGCAUCGGCAGCCGUGCCCGUGCCAGUCAGAACGGGGGCAACCGUGAGCCCCGCAGGAACCACAUAUAUGGUUGUGGUGGGGAGCACAGGUUGGGGGCCAGUGACGGGCUGCCCAAGGGCUGCCUGAGCCAGCUGGCCCCCCAGGCUCCCCUGCACUAUGCCAAGCCGUCGCCUUUCUUCAUGGACCCCAUCUACAGCAGGGUGGAGAAGCGGAAGGUGACUGACCCUGUGGGAGUCAUGAAGGAGAAGUACCUCCGGCCAUCCCCCCUGCUCUUCCACCCUCAGAUGUCAGCUAUCGAGACCAUGACAGAGAAACUGGAGAGCUUUGCAGCCAUGAAGGCAGACUCUGGCAGCUCCCUGCAGCCCCUCCCCCACCACCCCUUCAACUUCCGAUCCCCGCCCCCCACGCUGUCAGACCCCAUACUUAGGAAGGGCAAGGAGCGGUAUACAUGCAGGUACUGUGGCAAGAUCUUCCCCAGGUCAGCAAACCUCACACGGCACCUGAGGACACACACCGGCGAGCAGCCAUACAGGUGUAAGUACUGCGACCGCUCCUUCAGCAUCUCAUCCAACCUGCAACGGCACGUGCGCAACAUCCACAAUAAGGAGAAACCUUUCAAAUGCCACCUAUGCAACCGAUGCUUUGGCCAGCAGACCAACCUGGACCGUCACCUCAAGAAGCAUGAGCAUGAGCAUGCACCAGUGAGCCAGCACUCUGGGGUCCUUACAAACCACCUGGGGACCAGCGCCUCAUCCCCCACCUCUGAGUCGGACACCCACGCACUUUUAGAUGAGAAGGAGGACUCCUAUUUCUCUGAGAUCCGGAACUUCAUCGCCAACAGCGAGAUGAGCCAGGUGUCCAUGCAGACAGACAAGCGGCCAGAAGUACAGGGACUGGACGUCACCUCCCAGUGUCCCAGCCUGGCAGGCGGGAAGCCCGAGGAGCUGGAAGAGGAGGAGGAGGAGCUGGAGGAGGAGGAUGAGGACAGCUUGGCUGGGAAGUCCCAAGAUGACACAGUGUCUCCUGCGCCCGAGCCCCAGGGUGCCUACGAGGAUGAGGAGGACGAGGAAUCCCCUGCUCCCCUGGCUGUGGGCUUUGAUCACACCCGAAGGUGUGCCGAACUGCAGCCAGGCGGGCAGUCAGCUCUGGAGCCAACAUUGACUUUUGGGAAGGGGCUGGACCUCCGCAGAACAGCCAAGGAAGCGUUUGAAGUUAAAGAUGUGCUUAAUUCCACCUUAGAUUCUGAGACUUUAAAACAGACCCUGUACAGGCAGGCUAAGAACCAGGCAUAUGCAAUGAUGCUGUCCUUGUCUCAGGACACUUCUCUCCACACCUCCUCACAGAGUCCUCUGGAUGCUUGGCUAAACAUCACGGGAGCCACUCCGGAGGCCAGAGCCUUCAACCCCAUCAACCACCUCUGAGCAGGCUAAAGCCAGGGCACUGUGGGCUCUCUGGCUGUGGAAGAUGAGACCAGCCUGGGACCAGAAGCCCCUAUCACCUGUAUCACCUGGUGUCAUCUGCCCCACCCACCAGGGCUUAGCUCUGCUGUUUCUGACACUCAGAUCCCUGUGUCCCCAAGCUGCUUUGCUGCUGCUGUCUCAAGAACUGCCCCUCAGAGCCCGGCUGAGAGUGUCAUUGGACAAGGUCAAGGGCUGGGUUUCAGCCCCCAGAACAGAGGGCCACUUCCAGUUCCCGAGUGGCAGGCGCCAUUGACAGACUGACAGACAUGGGCAUGCUCUGAAGAGGGAGGCAGCCCCAAGCGCAUUUUAUAAUGACAAUGAUGAGAAUAACCCUUUUGGUAAUCUUAUUGAUGACAGAGUCUAUUUAAGCAUGUGGUUUAAAAAAAAAAGACAGUAUUUUUAAAAGAAAAACAAAUCAAAACAGGACUCACAAAUUGUUUUUUAAAUGUGAUUUUUGCAUUGCUUUGAAAUAUCCGCUGAUUUGCGAGCCCAGGCCACCCUGUGGGGCUGGGGCAUGCUCUUUAUACUGUAGAUAAUGCCUGGGUUUUAUAUCCCUGAUCUCUUUGUAAAGCCAAGGUGAUUCUGAGUGCCCACUGGGCAGACCUAAGGGCUGGGGUGGGGUCCCCUCCUGUGAGCAGUCUGACUGUGUGGAGGGAUCAGGAGACAAAGUGUCCUGGGCUCCCCCAAGGCUGGGACAGGACCUGUGCUGUCAUUGUGUGAUGUGCGAUUCAUGCUUAGGACUCCAGGGCCCCCAUCAAGACCCCCCAAUUUUAUGGCAAUAGUUGGUCACUUUGUAAAGGUGACCUGGGGACUCAGUGUUCCUUCCCUUUCUCUCUUGGCUGCCAGUCCCACUGGCUGUCUUCCAGAAGGUCACGUCUGGGUCUCUGGCUUCCCACUUCAGCCAGCAUCAGACAGACAAGAGGAGGAAAUGUUGUCACUGGGGUCACUUCAACUGCUCCAGCUCUUGGCCACCAAGCCCUGGAGA